AUUGAAUUUGAUAUAGUUUUCUAAGCGAAUGGAGAAUCUAUGGUCUAGGGAGAGAUUAUGUCACUUGGUAGGAGUAUUGCGCUCAAGGAGAAAAGGAUCAUUGAUGCUCUAUGGAUUUGGUGUCAUCUUUGGAGCUUCAAUACUCCUUUUUGCAGCCAUUGUCUUCUUGUUCCCCCCGUCGAUUAUAACUCCCAUGCUAAAAAUCAAUCUGAAGAGAUUUUACACCAAAUUUCCUUUUUCACGUUUGCCUGGUUAUGCUAACCCUUAUGGUGGUGGUUGCAAUAUUUUUGAAGGUGAAUGGGUAAGGGUUAAUGAUCGAAAACCAUAUUAUCUUCCUGGUUCAUGUCCCUUUAUCGAAGUACCGAGUAAUUUUGAUUGUUACAAGAACGGUAAACCUGAUGAUGCGUAUCUAAAAUGGCAAUGGAAAUGGCAGUCUCACCCAACAAAUGCAGGGUUUAAUAACAAUGUUCCAAGCGCUCUCAAUGCAACUGAUUUUCUUGAGAGGUUGAGAGGAAAAAAAGUAGCAUUUGCAGGGGAUUCUCUGAACAGAAAUAUGUUUGAAUCUUUAGCAUGUAUCCUUUGGAAUGCUGUUCCAGAUAAGAGCCAAGUUUUCUGGUUUGGAAAUGUAGAAAACAACAUUAGAGAACAAACGUCAGUGAGAUAUGAGGCAAGUUGUAAGUUCGAUUUAACUUUUAUAAUGAGUAGUUAA